AUGAAAUACAGCAAAAAAACAUUUAUUAUAUAUAUUAUUUUAAUAAUAUCAUUGUUUCCUGGAAUAAAAGCAAUUUAUUCUUACUGCAAAUGUACAUGUUUUGGAAAUUCAACGGUCUUGCGUUUAAGUAAACCAACACUAAAAAAUAAGCCAUGCCAAGACUGUACGAAGAAGUUUUGUCUCGAACAAAAUCUUCCGAUUUGUCAAAAUGUACAGUUUAAAAAUUCAGAAGAUUUGAUGGAAAAUACAGAUAUCUCUACCAUAUGUUUUCAAAGGGAAUCUAUAAAAGAUAUGACUUUUAUAUAUAUAUUUAUUAUUAUUACUGGAAUACUUCUAAUUUUGGCACCCUUACGACCCUAUACAACUCAAUUCUUUAAAAAAAUUCGUCGGUAA